UUGUAAUUUAUAUUUAAGGAUAAAUCUUUAUUCCAUGUUUAAUUUAUUUAGCUUACCCUGUAGCUAAUAUUUCAUGCUGAACACAUUUUAAAUGCUGUAAAUGUAGGUAAUAUAAUUUAUGGAUCAUUAAUGCCUCUUUAGUAGUUUAGAGAAAAUGUCAAAAGAAAUGGCCGCAGAAUAAGCUGUGUGAUUUGUAAAAUUCUAUGUCAUUGACUCAAGUUUGUAUGUCAUCUCAAAAUAUAUAGACAUCUCAGAAAAUAUAUUUGAAAUAGCAAAUUCCUGUUAGAAAAGAAUAGUACUUAACUAGAUAAGAAUAACAAGUCACCAUUAUUUGAAUUGUCUCCUAUUAAUUUUUGUUGUGUUGUGUUACUCAUGUUUUACUUAUGGGGGAUAUACAUAACUCCUGCUGUUUUCAGAAUUAUUGUAUGCCAUCAGUAUGAGAAUGCAAUUUAAGUUUCCUUGAUGCUUUCUCACACCUCUAUUACUAGAAAUAAGAAUACGGUAAUAUUGGCAAAGAAAAUUGACCAGUUCAAUAAAAUUUUUUAGUAAAUCUGAUUGAAAAUAAACAUUUCUUACGGCUUUCUUACAUCAAUAUUCUUAUGUCUUAGACUACCGUAUCUGAAAUUAAGGCUUUGAAAUUCUAAUUAUGUGCAAAUGUGUAAAAUAUCAUCAUCUAAUGCUAUAUAAUAUAUUCUAUUUCUAUAUUGUGAUGGCAGAUUUAUAAUUCUGGAAAGAUAUACUCAACAUAAAAUUUACCUUUUUAAUCACUUUAAGUGCACAGUUUUGUGGCAUUCAGUAUAUUUGCACUAUUGUGCAACAGUCACCACCAUAGACCUCCAAAACUUGUCUUCUUCUCCAACUAAAAUGCUUUACUCAUUGAACACCAACUUCCCAUUCCUCUCCCUCUCCUUCCCCCCAGCAAUCACCAUUCUACUUUCUGUCUCUACAGAUUUCACUAAGUAACUCAUAGAAGUGGCAUGACAGAAUGUUUGAAUUUUUCUGACUGGCUUAUUUCACUUAGCAUGACUUCAAGUUUCAUCUAUUUCGCAGCAUGUGUGAGAAUAUAUUUUAAGGCUGAAUAUUAUUAUGUUGCCGUAUAUACCACAUUUUGUUUAACCACUCAUCCAUCAAUAUUCACAUGGGCUGCUCCCUCCCUUUGAUUAUUGUGAAUAAUAUUGCUAAUGGACACGCUGCACAAACAUCUGUUUGGUCCCUCCGCUCAUUUAUUUUGGAUAUGGAUUUGCAUUUUAAUACAAAGGAGAAAUUACACAGCUUUUUAAAAGUGUCCAAAUAAAAAGGAGCACAACAUCAGUAAAAUAUUAGAAAGUAGAUUAGGGGGAAAAACAGGGAAGGAAUUGAACUAAAAGUCAAUAAGCUGCAUAAGAGAGUUGCAAGAGUAGGAAAAAAUUGACAAUAUUAACAUAGAAUUAAAGAGCGAUAGGUCGAUAUUUAGAGAAUUGUCGCAUGUACUCAUGUCGCCUGUGAACUGACAUUUACAUUAUUAUUCCAGGUUUCCAAAAGUCAGUGCAAUAUGAGAGUUUCAUGAUGCUAAGUAAACUGAAACAUGAUAUAUAUUUUGAUAUAUUGUCCUUGAGAGGAGGCUGAGUGGUAAUUAGUGCAAUUUUAAAUUAUGAUAUGAUAAUGCAGUCAAUCUGCCAAACUGAAAAAAAGUAUAUAUACAACAUGUAUACAUUUCUCGCAAAAUUCAGUUUUAUCAUACAAUUAAAUUAUGAUUUAAAACUACCUGACAAUGGAGGAAAAAAUAAAACAACAUUUGCAUUAAUAUUACCAUAAUUUUAAUAUUAUUGUAAAUAUCAAAAUAUGUAGUACUUAGAGAUAAACCAGCAAAACUACAAAACUACAAAAUAUUGCUAAAUAAAAUACUGCUAAAAUAAAUGAGACCUAAAUAAAUGGAAAUUAUGAGUCAUAAAUCUCAAUAUUGUUAAGAUGUCUACUCUUUCCACAUUGAUCUAUAACGAUUCCAAUCAAAUCACAGCUGGAUUUCUUAUUUUAGAAAUUGAGAAACUAAAAUUCUGAAAUGUACCUCGAUGCGUACAGGACCUAUAAUGGCAAAUUACUUUGAAAGGAAACAGUUACUUUGAAACCAGGUGCUGCUGGAGAAUUAACAGCACCUGGAUUCAAGACUUACAACAUUACAGUAAUACUUAAGACAAUGUAGUACAAAUAUAGAUAUACACAUGUAUAUCAUCUAUCAGCUAAUUUUUGAUAAAGUUCUUAGACCAUUCAUGGACAUAACAUUUUCAACAAAUGCUUCUGAAACAAUUAGAUAUCCCAGUAUAUAUUUGUGUGUGUGUGUGUGUGUGAAGCUCAAUACUUCACACCUGAGAGGUAUGAGUGUGCAUUACAAAAGAGAACUGGGAAGCUUUGAGAGUAUUGGAUAUGCUCAUUGUCUCCUUCAUGGUGAUUAAUGGGCACAUGUACAUAUCCAAUUCAUCUCAUUUACACUUUAAAUAUUGGAAGUGUGUUUUAUGUUCGUUAGACAUGAAUAAAGCUGCAAAAUGUUAUCAAAAUAUUCACUUACUAUGCUUUUAUUCAUUUUCAUCCCUCUCUCUGUAAACCUUCAGAUAGAAAAUGCAGUUGAAAGAUAUUUCAUAAAGGAAGAAAAAGUAAGAAUACAGCUUUAACCGUUUAUUUUGGUGGAGUCUUUAAGAUUUUCUCUACCUUGAGUGCGCCAGGCGCGGGGAGCCUAGGACCUGGAACGAGAGCCGCCUACCUGCAGCCGCCGCCCACGGCACAGCAGCCACCAUGGCGCUCCUGCUGCGCUUCGUGCUCCUGUGCGGAGUCGCGGAUUUCAUCAGAGGUUGGAGUAUCACUACUCCUGAGCAGAUGAUUGAAAAAGCCAAAGGGGAAACUGCCUAUCUGCCAUGCAAAUUUACGCUUAGUCCUGAAGACCAGGGACCACUGGACAUCGAGUGGCUGAUAUCACCAGCUGAUAAUCAGAAGGUGGAUCAAGUGAUUAUUUUAUAUUCUGGAGACAAAAUUUAUGAUGACUACUAUCCAGAUCUGAAAGGCCGAGUACAUUUUAAGAGUAAUGAUCUCAAAUCUGGUGAUGCAUCAAUAAAUGUAACGAAUUUUCAGCUGUCAGAUAUUGGCACAGAUCAGUGCAAAGUGAAAAGAGCUCCUGGUGUUGCAAAUAGGAAGAUUCAGCUGGUAGUUCUUGGUAAGCCUUCAGGUACAAGAUGUUACGUUGAUGGAUCAGAAGAAAUUGGAAGUGACUUUAAAUUAAAAUGUGAACCAAAAGAAAGUUCACUUCCAUUACAGUAUGAGUGGCAAAAAUUGCCUGACUCACAGAAAAUGCCCACUUUAUGGUUAGCAGAAAUGACUUCAUCUGUUAUUUGUAAAAAUGCUUCUUCUGAGUACUCUGGGACAUACAGCUGUAUCAGAAACAGAGUGGGCUCUGAUCAGUGCCUGUUGCGUGUAAACGUUGUCCCUCCUUCAAAUAAAGCUGGACUAAUUGCAGGAGCCAUUAUAGGAACUUUGCUUGCUCUAGUGCUCAUUGGUCUUAUCAUCUUUUGCUGUCGUAAAAAGCGCAGAAAAGAAAAAUAUGAAAAGGAAGUUCAUCACGAUAUCAAGGAAGAUGUGCCGCCUCCAAAGAGCCGUACGUCCACUGCCAGAAGCUACAUAGGCAGUAAUCAUUCAUCCCUGGGAUCCAUAUCUCCUUCCAACAUGGAAGGAUAUUCCAAGACUCAGUAUAAACGAGUACCAAGUGAAGACUUUGAACGCACUCCUCAGAGUCCGACUCUCCCACCUGCUAAGGUAGCUGCCCCUAAUCUAAGUCGAAUGGGCGCGAUUCCUGUGAUGAUUCCCGCACAGAGCAAGGAUGGGUCUGUAGUAUAGAGCCUCCAUACGUCUCAUCUGUGCUCUCCGUGUUCCUUUCCUUUUUUUUGAUAUAUGAAAACCUAUUCUGGUCUAAAUUUUGUUACUAGCCUCAAAAUGUAUCAAAAAAUAAGUUAAUCAGGAGCUGUAAGGAAUAUAUUUGUAAAAAUUUUUGUUUGGUUAUAUCGAAAUAGUUACGGGCAUUAAAGUUAGUAAAGACAAGUUUACCAUCUGAAAA